CUUACCAGUAACGUCAAUUUUAAAUCGUUUUUAUAAGUUAGAAAAAUUUUUCUGUUUAUCUGUCAAAAAAUUGUGUUUAAAAAAAUUAAAAUUAUUUGUUUAAUUAAAAAAAAAAAAAAAUUUUUUCCAACGCGGCUUCGAAUUUAUUUUGUACAAAAAAAAAUUAAUUUUAAUAUACAAAAGGAAAAAACAGUUUUUUUUUUUUGUGACAUUUUGACAGAGAAAUAACUUCAAAAAAAAAAAAAAAAAAAAUGUGGAUUAUUUUUCAAUUACUGUGGGAUCCAUUUUUUUUACUUGGACUAUUAUUGGCAACAAUUUAUUAUUAUUUCACUGCGACAUUUGAUUUUUGGGCAAAAAAAAAUGUCCCCUUUCGUAAACCAAUAAUAUUUUUUGGCAAUUUCAAAGAAUUACUAUUAUUUCGUAAAUCACAACCCGAGGGAAUUUUAGAAAUAUACAAUUGGUUUAAAAAUGAAGAUUAUUUUGGUGUUUUUCGUGUACGUACACCAAGUUUAAUUAUAAAAAAUCCCGAAUUAAUAAAAGAUGUAUUUGUAAAAGAUUUUGCAAAUUUUUCUAAUCGUGGAAUUCCAAUUAAUAAUACCGAUCCAUUAAUGGGAAAUUUAUUUAAUCUCGAGGGAGAAAAAUGGAAAGGACUCAAAUCAAAAUUAACGCCAGCAUUUUCGCCGAGUAAAAUAAAGGGAAUGUUUUAUCUUUUGGAAGAAUGUGCAGGACAAUUGGAAAAAAUUAUAAUCAACGUUACCAAGGAAAAUGAAUCGAUUGUUGAUACGCGUGUAUUGGCUGCAAAUUAUACAAUUGACGUGAUUGGUACCUGUGCCUUUGGAAUACAAACAAAUGCAAUUAAUUCAAAGGAUUGUGAAUUUAAAACAAUGGCGAGAAAAUUAUCAAAAUCAAGCUUAAAAACAAGUAUCUGGCGAAUGUUACGACCCGCAAUGCCCACUUUAUUUAAAAUUCUUGGAGUGCAAAUGAUUGAUCCUGAAGUGACAAAAUUUUUUAAGAGCGUCGUAUCACAAGUGAUUAAGCAAAGAGAGAAUCAAGAAUUAAAAAGACAUGACUUCAUGGAUUUAUUGAUUGAAUUGAAAAAUAAAGGCACAUUGGAAGCCGAUAACAAAGGCAAAGAAAAUCAUGAUGAUGAGCAAUUAACAAAAAAAAUUGAAUUAGAUGAAGAUACAAUAACAGCUCAAGCUUUUGUAUUUUUUGUCGCUGGCUAUGAUACAUCAGCGAAUGUAAUUUCUUUUUGUCUACAUGAAUUGGCAUUGAAUAGUGAAAUUCAAGAAAUCACGAGACGCGAUAUUUUGGAUACAUUGGAAAAAUACGAUGGCAAAUUGACUUACGAUGCAAUACAAGAAAUGAAAUAUCUCGACAUGGUGGUUUCAGAAACUUUGAGAAAAUAUCCACUAUCGCCUCUAUUGUCGAGAAAAUGUGAGGGUCCAUAUAAAAUCCCAGGCACUGAAAUUGAAUUACCAGCGGGAAUGAGGGUUAUUAUUCCAAUUUAUGGACUUCAUCAUGACGCCAAUAAUUACCCGGAUCCGGAAAUUUUUGAUCCCGAGAGAUUUAAUGAGGAGAAUAAAAAAAAGAGGCAUCCAUUUGUUUAUCUACCGUUUGGCGAUGGACCACGUGGUUGCAUUGGACAACGUUUUGCAUAUUUACAAACGAAAAUGGGAAUAAUUACAUUUCUCAGAAAUCAUCGUGUGGAACUUUGUGAAAAAUCAGCAAUUCCGUUAAUUUUCAGCCGUCGAAAUUACAUGACAAGUAGCGAAAAAGGAAUUUGGCUGAAAAUUGUAUCGAUUACAAAUUGAUUUUAAUUUAUUUCUAAAAUAUUUUUAUUUUCCAUUGAAUUUUCCAAAUUUUCUAUAUUAUACUUAUAAUAAAGGUUAGUUUUUUAAUAUAGUCAAUAUUUUUUAAAAUAUUAAAAUUUUGCUAUUUUAUUAUUUUCUUUUUUUUUUUUAGCAAUUUUAUAGUAUUUUUGACGAAAAUAUUAUAUUUUUGUACUUAACUGACAUUUUUUUAAAUUAAAUAACUACAUAUUAA